AAAUUAUGAUACAGUGAAAAGAAAAUUGAGAGAGAGAGAGAGAGAGAGAGAGAGGGUGGGGGGAAGUAAUUCUCAAACCAUUGAAUUCCAAUGAAGGAAGUCCAUUCUUCUCAAUUUCCCAUGAUUUUGUUCAUCAAACAGAGGGGGAAAAAAGAAGACAAAUUAUUAAUCUCUUUAUAUAUCUCCUCUCUAUUAUCUCUCUCUGAGAGUCUGUCCGUGUGUUAUAUGCCUCUCCUCUCCCCAAUCUCUCCUCUGACAAACUCAAACGCAGCCUUAUAUUCUGGGCAUUAAAGCCCCCAGAAAGAAGUUUAUUGAGCGGAAAAAGGCGGUGUCUUGGUGGUGGUGGGGGCGGUGGUGCUGAUUCUCAAGAGAUGAGAUGAAGUGAAAGUGUGACUGGGAGGGAACAUUCAGUCUGAGGUUGGCUUUUAGUGUGAACAUGGUGUUGCCCCAGUGGCUGGCAAAGUCUUCUUUGGAGCUUUAACAUUUAGCCACCUCUCUCCCUGGGAUCCAUAGAUCUCUCAAGGUUGCCGUCGUUUCGAGGCAUAGCUCCAACUGUGGAUUUGUGUUUCUGGGAUUUGGAUCUUGAAAUAUAUAUAGAGAUUGAGGAUUGGAGAUUCAUAAAGAAAUAAGGCGGUGGUGUCAGUGGUGAGCAAGUGGGGGUGUUUUCUCUGCCUUGAGAAUUUAUAUUAAGUGUCUGAUGAGUCGGGUGGCUAUGUGACUAUGUCUCCUGGCAAGGCCCCUUUUGGCCGUGGUUUCUGGGCUCUGUAACCAAGCAAGGAUGCAUCCUCUUUGCUUCUUUUAAUUUCUUCCCAUUCAAGAGAGUAGUUUCUUAUUCAACAAUCACUCAGCUCAAGUCUCUCUCUCUCUCUCUCUCUCUCUCUGCACCGGCCUUAGUUUGCGGGAAAGAUUCGGUCAUACUAAGGAGUUCAUCAGUUUCUUUUCCAUUAAUCCGUCCUUUUGCCCAAAAACCCAGAUCUUUGGUCACAUUGGAGCUCAGUUCUUACCUAUACGCUGGUGUUUGGUGGUGGAAGAUUGAGAUCUUGGAGGUGAGACAUAUCUGCGGUGUCCAAAAUGAAGUUCAUGAAACUUGGAUCAAAGCCUGAUUCAUUUCAGACCGACGGGGACAAUAUUAGGUAUGUUGCAACUGAGUUGGCAACUGACAUGAUUGUUAAUGUUGGAGAUGUGACAUUUUAUCUGCAUAAGUUCCCCCUAUUGUCCAAGAGUGCCCGCUUACAGAAGCUGGUUGCAGUUACAAAUGAAGAAAACAGUGAUGAAAUCUGCGUCCAUGAUAUUCCUGGAGGACCUGCUGCCUUUGAAAUAUGUGCAAAGUUCUGUUAUGGUAUGACAGUGACUCUUAAUGCAUACAAUGUGGUUGCUGCUCGUUGUGCAGCAGAAUAUCUUGAGAUGUAUGAAACAGUUGAGAAAGGAAACCUCAUUUACAAAAUUGAAGUUUUCCUUAAUUCCAGCAUCUUCCGGAGUUGGAAAGAUUCUAUCAUUGUUCUUCAAACUACAAAGUCCCUUCUUCCAUGGACGGAAGAACUGAAGGUCGUCAGCCACUGCCUGGACUCUAUAGCAUGCAAAGCUUCCAUUGACACUUCAAGAGUAGAAUGGUCGUACACCUAUAACCGUAAAAAACUUCCAACAGAGAAUGGGAAUGAUCAGAACUGGAAUGGAGUGAGAAAACAGCAGGUUGUUCCGAAGGACUGGUGGGUAGAGGACCUUUGUGAGCUCCAAGUUGAUCUGUAUAAACGAGUCAUAACGACAAUUAAAACAAAGGGCAGAACAUCGGGAGAAGUGAUUGGAGAAGCCUUGUUAGCAUAUGCCCUAAGAAGGUUGCCAGGUUUCAGCAAGGUUAUGGUACAAGGUGGUGAUGUCAUGAAGAAUCGAUCUGUGGUUGAAACUUUAGUUUUGUUGCUUCCCUCGGAGAAAAGCAGUGUGCCUUGUAGUUUCUUGCUCAGGUUGCUACAAGCUGCCACUGUGGUAGAGUGUGGAGAAGUGGUAAUAAAGGAACUGAUAACCAGAAUUGGCGAGCAACUGGAGGAAGCUUCCGUUGGUGACCUUCUGAUUCGAGCUCCUGCCGAAGAAAUAACAAUGUACAACAUUGAUAUAAUUCAUACCCUAGUAGAAGAGUUCAUAAAGCAGGAGAAGAGUGUUCUCACAGAUUUUGCUGAGGAAAAUGGAUUGCAGGAGAUUCGAAGCCCUGAUUUUGCUUUGGAUGCUUCCAAGGCGAAGGUGGCUAAGCUCAUUGAUGGCUACCUUGCUGAAAUUGGUAGGGAUCCCAGUGUACCUUUGUCAAAAUUCGUAGAUCUUGCAGAAAUGGUGUUGGACUUCCCUAGACCAUCCCAUGAUGGACUUUACCGUGCCAUUGACAUGUUUCUGAAGGAGCACCCGGGGAUCAGCAAGAGCGAGAGAAAAAGAAUUUGCAGGCUGAUGGACUGCAAGAAGCUGUCAGUGGAGGCAUGUGCACACGCGGUGCAAAAUGAGCGACUGCCCUUGAGAGUUAUCGUGCAGGUUCUCUUCUUUGAGCAGGUCAGGACUACAACAUCUGGUAGCAGCACACCUGACUUACCCGGGUCCAUCAAGGCCUUACUCCCAGGGGGUUCCCAUGGGAGCUCAAGAACCGCAACAACCAACACAGAAGGCGACUGGGAUGCUGUGCACACAGCUGAGGAGCUCAAGGCUUUGAAAGGGGAGCUUGCUACCCUAAGAUUAAGGGAUGGAGGAGGAGGUGGCGGUGGUGACAGUUACGGUAACGGUAACGAUGGCACUAAAACUAACGCUAAGGUUGCUGCCGGUAAAGCAAAAGGCUUGGUCAUGUCAAAGAAGAUCUUCUCGAAGCUAUGGUCGAGCAAAGAUAGAACUAGCGACAACAGCAGCUCAGAGACAUCGGAUAGCCCUGCUUCCACCAAUGCCGAAGAAAUAAAGUCCACUCCUUCCAGAAGUAAGAGGCAUUCUUUAUCCUAAGAACAAGACAAACUGAAAACUUGGAACUUUUGGGAUUCUAUAAGACUGUAAAUUGUAUCAUCAGUUGACAUUAGGAUAUUAGAACCUGCUGACAUCGUCGAUCUAACUUGGGUUGAAAAAGAAGAGAAUGAUCGUCCUCCAGUUUCUUGAGCAGUACAGGUUUUGUUGAGAUUUUGGUCUCUCAAGUUGGGAGAUUUCACUUUUAUAUAUAUAUAUAUAUAUAUUUUUCUAUUGUUCCUCAAGAGAAAUGGAGGUUUUGCUUCAUCCCCAUCAACCUACCCUCUGGUUUGGAGCUGCAUUCUGAUAGGGAAAAUAUAUUAAGUGGUUGGAGAUUGAAAGGCAGCUGUGCUUUAUCUUUCUUUCCUUCUGUUUGUCCAAGUGAAUUUUAUACAUUCACACACACACACACACAAUAUAUAUAUAUAGCUUUUUUGUGACAAGAAGCUUAGAGUCAUGGUUCGAGUUAUGAAAACAGUUAUUUCGAUAUACAAAUAAUGUUUUAUUUGUUGCCUAGUUGAAUGGAA